GUAUUUAAUUGAUGCGCGUGGCUUAUUUAAACGAACGCGAAGGCGGUAUGAGUGGAUCUAAUUUAUGAUCUCUUACGUGGCCUGUGUCGUAGUUCAUAAUAAACUGAAACUUUAUCGACAGUAAAAGUGUUUCCUGAGUGGUUUUUCUACUAGUGUACUAGAAUCCAACAGUGCAUAGAUGAGUUUGUUGUAGCUAUUGAUCGUAGAAGAAAAAAUUCUAUCAGAAGUCUGUAUUUGUUUGUAUAUUUUUAUCACCGGAAAUUAAAAAAAUCACGAUUCAUUUCGUUGAGUCGAACAAAUGGCGCUUUAGUUUUUAAUUAUUUUUAGUUCAAAAUUCGAACGUAUUAGAAGAAGAAAUUAAAUCUUGAAAACGCAACAACCUUUGUCGUACAUUCAAGUGAAGUUUGUAACAGUGCUGGUUAGCAUAUCACCGUCACCUAUCAAAACAUUUAUGUUUCAAAGUAAAUCAGAAACACCAUUGCUGCCCCUAGCCAGAUUGAAUCAACAAUCAAACGAAAAGUAACCGAAAGUAUAGUCUAGGAUGAUGACAACAAUAUGGCCCAAACACAAACGACAAGAUAGCUGGUGAAUAUUUUUACAAGCUAGCGGCACGCGAUGUGAAAAACAGUAUCCAACAGCACGUUUUCGUGCCUUCGGCUUGUGCGGUUUUCGUGCGAUGUGCAAACCGUGCUAGGAUUUCAGUGCUGGUGUGAUUUCUGAACGGUGAACAGCGGAUAGUCGUGGGAAAAUUCUUACCUCUGCCUCUGCUGGUUUGUCGUUUCGCGGUCAAAUUCAAAUAUUGUGCGUGUAGUGUAGGUCAGUUGAAGCGUGCACUUAAAAUGUCUCGACAUUGUCGAUGUACAGUGCAACGUUGCUGUUUCGCGAGCCGGUCGAAAAAAUAGGAUCCAACGGUGUUAUGCAACUUUUGAAAUCUCAAUAAUCUAUCUGUUGUUUGAUAUAGAUUUUGGUCCCAGCUGCUGGUGCAUCGAAACAGCAUGCUCGUGGCUCGACCAGUGCGAGUCAUUCCGAGCAAUCGGUGAGGUUCAGCUUACAGGACGAAAUUAUCGGCAGUCUCAGUGCCAGUAGUGCCUCAAGCAGCAUCGAUAGUAACACAAGUACAAACACCAACAAUGAAGACAGUCUAGAGAUUAUGGAAGAGAUUGAAGUACAGGACGAUAGCAGCAGCAAACAGGAGGAGAAUACCACCAGCAGCUUGUCGGAUAGUGCGCCACUGCAACAUGUUCUAGAUCUGGUGGAUCGAAAUGAUGCUGCCUACAGCCGGUCCAGCCGGAAGGAUCGACCAAUUGAAGAAAGAAAAAAUCAGUUGUUCGAUAUUGAUACCGGUCCUGGGGAAACGAGCGCGGUAAAGUUUGAUAUCGAUGAGGUGCAACUGUCUGGAGAUGACAUAGCCAAACAUUUUCAGCAGUUUAGUGAAAAAGAUGAAGUUUCACCUAAAGAAAAAGCAAAAGCGCAAAUUGCGAGCAAACAGCUGCUACAGCAAACAGAAGACGUUGAUUCGUUUGACGAAAUUUUAAACACAACUGGUGCAUCACAGGAAAAGAAUGUUGUUCCAAAUCGAAGGUUGUUAAGCGCAAAAGCGGAAGAGAAAAGUGCAAAAGUGUUCGACGUAAAGGAGCUUUCCCCUUUGAAUGACGACGAUGUGUUAAUCAAUAACAGUAAGAUAAAUUUGAACUCAUUGAAAAGAGUUCAGAAACAGUCAAAUGUGCAGGAAAAUAGUAGUGAGAACAGUUUGAAUACAACGAAUGAUAUAUCCGAGCUAGCACACGAUACUGAAAGUGAUCGCAUUAUGAGUGACAAUUUUGAUCGUAGUUCGCGCAGUGAAAACGAUUUUAAGCUAAAAAAUAGCACAAAAGAAGCGAAAGGUGACAUGUCAUCGCAUAGGAGCAAAAGUUUCGAAUUUGUUGAAAGGAACCAAGAAACAGACCCUAGGCCUUCAUUUUCCAGCCUAAAAGUUAUUAGGCCUAAUGAGGACAAAGCGUCAGAUCUGCUCGAACGAAGUAUAGAAGAGGAUAACUCAAUCGAGGAAAUGAUCGUAUCGAAUCAUUCGAUUCAAGCAUCCGCAGGCGGAAAUGGAUCGACUUCGCAGUUUGUCGAAGAGGAACAUUCGUCCCUUGGCAGCAAUGAUUCUGGCAAUUUGAAGGAAAAAAUCUUUUCCUCUAGCAAAUCCUUCGAAGAAGUGCAGUCUCAACAUGAUUUGGAAGUUCCCAGCGAUAAAACCGAGGACGAAAAUGUCAGCUCUAAUAAGCAAAUGGAGAAGAUAACCGACUUCAAGGAAGCUUUGGAAGAUAUAUCUGAGGAAUCUGAACAUACCCUUACAAACUCUAAUCACUCGGGUAGUAAAGGAAAUACAGACGAUGAACAGUAUUCAACCACAGAGAAAGGUAAAGAGAUACGUAAAAUUUUAGUGGAGAGAGUUCUCCAGAAGCAACUUAGCAUUGGUAGCACAAUUUACGAAGAUAACAAAGAGAAUAUCCCGGAUUCUUUACCGACCAUUAAAAACGUUACCGAUCUUCAAAGUUUUAAUAGCGUUACUAGUUUAAGCAUGCUGCAAGCAUUGGGUGAAGAAUUUGAGAAAAUUCAGCAGAUUAUUGAUCAUAAAGAUUAUAACGAAGAACUUGCCGUUAGAGAUAUUCGGUCUGACUCACUGAAAGAUCCCCAAAGGUCCGGCGAUUCAAUUAGUUUGGCUACUAACUCAACCGAGUACAGACCGAUGAUUGGUGAAUACGAGACGCACAAAGAGCUAAAUAGUAAAAUUUUAAAGCAAGAAGAGUUGAUCGAAAACCUAGUAAGAACCCUAAAGGAAUCCCUUGAGGCUCGAGACGAAUCGGAAAAAAGUGUCUCAAAACUUACGACGGAAGUAAAUCAGCUGCGUAAGCAGUUAAAUGACAACAUUGAAGCUAUCAAGCAGAGACCACACUGGAUGCGAGAUCAAGAGAGUGCCGGUCAACGGUUGUCCGAAAUAUCGUGUGAUUUAGUCAGUGAAACCGAUGAUGCUCUGUCCGAUUUUCCUGAUCAAUAUGAAGAACGAUCCAACCGGAACUCACGAGAGAGACAAUUAGAUUUGAAUCUUGAUAUAGACUAUACGGAACAAAACCCACUUCACAUUCCCUCGCCAAUAUCCAAGCAAUUAGAGCAAUUCCGGAAAUAUUUGUCUACUGACGAAUUGCGGUUGUUCAAUAUGGUACAGAACAAAUUUGACAACUAUUUGAAGCUUGAAAUGGAAAGACAACGAUUAGAGCUGGAAACGCAUCACGAUCAGGAAAUGACUGAUCAGCGUACGUAUUUCGAGAGAAAGUGCACCGAGCUAGAGAAGCAGUUUUCGGAAGAAGUGAUAUCACAAAACAGUAGACGGUUGUCCAAUGAAACGGCGUCCGAUACUUCCGAUCAGGAAGAAUUUCCCGAGGAGAAUGGUGGUUACCAAGCGAAAACCAACAAGAGCCCAAAAAGGAAUUUAAAGGAACUGAUCUAUCUUAGUCCGACACACAGGAAAAUCACUCCGACCACUAUUGAUACCACCGAGGGCAGUGCAGAUGAAGUAAUGGAAAUUACUACUGAGGUUGAGCAGGUGCUAAAAUUAGAACAAACUUCUCACGAAUUCUGUGAGAACCGAAUUGCAGAGCUGAAUCGGAAACACGAGGCAGAUCUGGAACAAUUGCGCGAAAAGCUGAAACACUACGAAGAUAGAGAGACAACGGAUGAAUUCGAUCCUAAUAAUGAAACACCUCUCACGCGCAAAGAUGCAUCCCAUCUAAUAAGCCAAACCGUGGCACCACCGGUUGCUCUGGCGGCCAGUUGUUUGCAGCAGUCUGGUGUGUUACUAACAGCUGAAAGCACUAUCGACAGCACUAAUACCGCAACCGACGUAGUCGACGUUGGCACCGAGCCAAGCGACGAUCUGCACGAGAUAAUUGCCAGUUAUGAGCGACGGCUGAAGGAACAGGUGGCUCUGGCUCGGCAGGAUGUUUUGCGAGAGCUGGAAGUGCAGAUACAGGCACUGCUGUCGGACGCUGCCACCGAAGAUAGCCAUUGGCCUCCGGAGUUGAUACUGCUCAGAGAAAAGUUCACUGCCAAAAGUCAGUUGGAAAUCGCACAGCUUCAAAUCAAACAUGAGGAAGAGAUGGCCCGCAUGAAGGCUGAGUUCGAAAAGCAGUUGCAGUGGAAGCUAAAGCGUCAAUCGACGUUUGAUUCGGCUCGGGAUUUGGACAAGAUUAUUAGUGAACGGGACAAUCUACGGGAGCUAUCGGCAUCGUUGCGUAGUGCGUUUGGUGCAUUUUUGAAAUACGUCUCAGGAUGUGAGGAGGAUCUAAAUAGCACAGUUAUUGAUGAGCUGCACAAACUUGGCAUCAUACCGGGACUAGUGGAGGAUACUUUUGACACUUCAAUACUGGACAUAAAUGCUUCAAAUAUAUCGGCGUGUUCGGCGAAAAAGUUCGUUAAAUUUGCCCCGGAUGUUUCAGGCUUAAAAUCACUAAUCGAGGAUCCUUCUCUGAUUGAGUACAUUUCGAAAGAUAAUGGUGCAGGAGAAGACCCAAAUCAGUCGUUGAAUCUGGACGAGUGUCUGGAUACGCUAAGGUCUCACGCGACUCAUAUAAUGGCGCUUUGGGAAAAGCUACCGAAAAAGCUCGAAAUGAAAGACGAAGAUGCUGAUAAAAUUUCAAUCAAGAGUGACAGUUGUGAGGAAGAAGACGGUUUAAAACGUGGAACCAGCAAAAAGGAAAAUGCAAGCGCUCGUUCGUUUGACGAAAGCCUAGUGCGAACAAGCAAAGCUACUGACAGCCAGCUGACCGCUGUUAGUAGUUUGCCCGCAGAUUUGGGUGCACUGCAAACUAACGGAGAGUUGAAUAUUAAACUGCACGAACUGAAAAACCGCCUUUUGAAGUCGGAAGACGAAAAACGUAUUCUCGAAAGUAAACAUAACAGUUUGGUAAUCGAAUUGAACGAAACUAAACAGCACUUAAUGGAGCUGAGCAGUCAACGGGUUGAGUUCAGCGAAGGGUAUGGAACAAAUGCCCUGCUACCCACCGCACAGAGAACCUCAAACAGUUUUGUAGAGCUGCAAGAACGUGCCAAGCAUCUUCUGGGCAGCACCUCUCCCGACAAUACCCUAGAUAAUAGUGGUAUUCUGUUGCAGUUGGUAGAAGACUUUUGCCGGGAGGGAGAACGGUACAUGGAAGAUGAAAAACGUGACAAAAUGGAUCUGCAGGCUCAAAUCGAGGCGGCAGAUAAGCAGCUCAAAGCCACCCGCCAGUUCCUGGAGGAGCAGGCAGCCGAACGAGAGCAGGAACGUGACGAGUUUGUGAAAGAGAUCGAACGUCUCAAAUCACAAAUGCGCGACAAAGACAAGGAUAAGGUGAUCUUUGAACGUGUUACGAAAGAGGAUGCAAUUUUGUGUGACAGUUGUAGUUGCGAUCACGAUAAUCGGGAGAUUAUUUCGAAAUUGGAAACUACAGAGCAACACGUGAAAGAUUUAACUGCUCAGCUUGGAGAAAAAGAUGACAAAAUUAGAAAGUUGGAAAACGAUCUCAAGGACUCCAUUGACAAGGGAUUCACGCUGCGCGAGAUCAUCACCGAGCUAGAGACGCAAGUUGAAAGCAAGUCAAUCAACGAACAUGUACUGCAAUCUAAAGUAAAGGAACUGGAACUUUACAUUGAUACUCAAAACCGCCAGAAUGAAUCCCUCCAUCAAGAAGCGGACGGUAUGACCAGAGGUCAUAGUGAAAAGAUCGCCAAGCUCGAGGAAGAGCUACGUCAGAGCAGACCAAGCGUGGAACAAAGCUUAGUUCUCGAAGCACUGACUGUGCAACUUCGCGACAUUGAGGAAACGCUGGAAAAGAAAACCAAGAAUCUCGAAACUCUGCAUUCCAAUUCGGCUGCCUCGCUGGUGUGCAGCAGUCCUUCCGAAGACAUCUCUAUGAACCAGGAUAGUCCACUGCAUAGGAAAAGACUCCGUGAAGGCGAAACCGCUGGUCAACCGCUUUCGCUACCGGUAGACGAGGUGCAGCGGGUCUUCGAUAAGCUUCAUCGGCACACACGCAUCGAGGAGGUCGCAAUCAAACGUAUCAACGAUUUGGAAAUGCAAAUCGCCAGCGUGCGGGCUAGUUAUGCGGAACUAACGCACGAGCGCGAUGUACUGCAAGAGAGGAUGUCUGAGCAAUCGCUCAAGAUUACCACGCUUCAAUCGAAGCUUGACGAGCAACGACUGCGGGCCGAGGAACUCCACCGUCAGGGCACAUCCCACCUGACCGUUAAAGUGCACGAUCUGCAGAACGAGCUGGUAAACGUAAAAGAAACACUUCAAUCUCGCGAUAAACAAAUUGCAAAUCUGAAAAAUUUCCUCGAAAAUAGUCAACAAGUGAUAGAGCGUCACGAAAAAGAACUAGCGAUGAAUCAAGCUAAAAAUGAUCGAAGCCAAUACGAGCUAUCGCUCGAAACGGAAUUACAGGCCAAAUGCGAUGAAAUUCAACUGCUCAAGAAUAAAAUCAAAAAUGAGAUGGUCAACAAAGCGGGUCUGUCUGAUCUCAUGGAAACAAUGCUAGAGGAAAAGAACGAUGAAAUAGAUAAGUUGAAGGAGGAACUUAUCCAGUUAAAAUCCCAGCAAGGACAUCGUUCGCAGGCAUCCGGCGCCGCGCCUUGCAUCCACAAGGAGGAAGAUAAUGCACGCACGCUGAGCGAUAUCGUUUCCAUCACCGAUUGUGACGAGUCGGAUAUGGUGAUGCGGCGGGCGCCCGAGCAGAGUGCGACGUUCUUCCCGGCGCACAGCAUUCCUAUGGAAACGUCCAAGACGGUUUUCAACUCCAAAGAAACAACACCGGCAUCGACUACAGUCACCCAACAGCAAAGCGCCCCAACUACCGCUGGAUCCGAUCAGCAAGAGCCACCACCACUAGCCGCCCCAUUGCCAAGGCCAGCCUUUUUCCAAGUUCCCAGCUUCGGAGCUGGAUCACCGUUCCUGUUCCAGGAUCUUUCGGGCGGUUUUGCUCGGCCGACUGCAUCCGGCAGUAGUGCAGGUACGCCAGAGUUUUUCCCUAGACAUAUCAAUUUUUCACUAGUAGGUGAGUCAAGAUCUACGGUCGGUUCUGCUAACGAUCGUUUCCGAGAGCCAGCCUUUAUUGAAGAGAUAAACGAAGACGAUGAAGCGGUAGAGGAGCAAAAAGUAACCGAAGCAACUACUGAGAAAGAAUCUUCACUUGUAGUCAAUGAGCUAGAAUCGUUAAAAUUGAGCUUAGAUAGGAUAACUAAGGAAAAGAAUGAUACGAUAGAAAAAAUGCAAAAUCAAGUGACAGAAAAAGCUGAUCAAAUAGCCGACUUGCAGGUAGAAUUAGCUGCCAGAAACAAGCUUUACGAAGACUUGCUUCAGGAAAAGAAAGAAUUAAAAGAUGAGUUGGAAGCAAUUAAAACAAAUCUUCGAGAAUUAGAUAGCAUAGCCGAAAGUUUGAAGCUAAAAGAUAGUGAACUAAAGGACGCUGUUGAAACGAUUGCAAGUAAAGAAGCCGAAAUUAUGGAGUUAAAAACUGUAUAUGCUAAGCUGCGUGAAGAGUUGGAGCAGCAAACCAAAGAAUCUAGCCUGCUAAAGACAGAACAACAAAAGAAUCAUCUCAUUCUGGACACUUUGAAUCAGCAAAUAGAGUCGUUGAACAAAACAAUUGGACACAAAAACGAGUUGAUGUCUAAGUUAGAAAAAGAUAUUCUAAAUUACAGCAAAAACGAGGAAAAAUACGUCGAACAGUUGAGGUCCCUGGAGGCUAAGGAAACUGAGCUGAAAAUCUUACAGGGUAACUAUAAGGAUCGAUUGCAUGACAUCGAGAUUUUGAACGAAGACAAUCGGUUUUUGAAUGAAGACAUCAAUCGUUUGAAGAAUGAGAUUGCUAGAAGUUCCAGUAACGCAGCAUCCAAUCCGUCCUAUGUUCAAUUUUUGAAACAAAACUGUGAAAAGUUCGAGGAAGAACUACAGGAAACCAAGGUUUUGCUAACGGAGAAAAUGUUGUCACUGGAACGAGUCAGAAUCGAUCUGAAUAGUUGUCAACAAGACGCGGAAGAUCUAAAGACGCAGUUGAAAGAAAAGGAGAUGAUUAUUCAACAAAUCGGAGACGAUGGCAACAGCUUACAUGAGGCCUUAUCGAAGAUUCAAAAUAAAAUGCAAGAGAACAAUAGCAGUUUGAGCCUUAAGCUUCGCGAGGAGCAGAGUAGAAAUGCAACCUUGCAGGGCGAAAUCGAUCGGUUGAAGGUACAACUGCAAAGAAGUGACAAUUCAUCGAGUCCAAAGCCAUUUUCGGUGGAAGAGAUUGCAGAGCAAUUGGAGAAAGAGUUGAAUUACUCCGCUCAACUCGAUUCCAGUCUUAUGAAAGUAAUGGAAAGCGAUGAAGUGGCUUCGGACGAAGAAAGCUUAGGUGAAGCCAGAAAAAGUAAACGAGAACAACGGGCAGCUCAGGAAGUGCAGGAUUUGCAACGUCAGCUGCAGAUGCAGGUGGAUAAGUGCGUGAAGCUGCAGGAAAUGCUUGACUCGGAAAAACACAAUUCUAGCGACAUUCAAAUGCAAGAUGCCGAGAUAAUCGAAGCGAUGAGAUUGCGUCUGGAAGCUGCAAUUGAUAACGAAAGUGAACUACAAAAACUGCUAGCCGAAGAGAAGAGUAAAACUGAACGGCUGUCAACGCUCAUGGCCGGUGUACAGCGAACUAAAUCGUUCGAUAACUAUCUGCUUAUGAAGGGUAAAUCACCCCACGAAUCGCCAUCGCGAAGACUCAAUCGAAGCAACGAAUUCGAGUCGGAAAUGGUUGCACGCUUUGAGAGUGAAAUAAAAUUCCUGACGGCACAAAACGAACGCGAACGGGAAAGAGCUGCCGAUUUGCAGCGUGUCCUAGAGAGAGAAAAGAGUCGUUUUGAAAAAGAAAUUUCCGACCGAAACGAGCAUGGAGAACAAGUGAAAAAAGAAUUACUGAGGGUAACGAAAGAAAAAGAACGCCUUGAAGUCGAGCUAGACCACGAGCAGGAAAAGCUAAUGUUGGCACAUAAGGAAAUCGAGAGCUUGGAAAAGCGAAUCGGAGCCUUCCAAGAAGCAGAAUCGAUGCGAUCAUUCCGUAGAGAUCGAACUUCUGGCCAAAACUCGCUGGAAUUUCAAGAUAUGCGCCAACGGCUAGAUAAUCUGGAACAAGAGCGCAGUCAGCUGCGCGAUACCGUACAGAGCUUGCGGUCUGAGGUCGAGCGCCGGAAACAGCGUGAAGCAAAACUGACGGAAGCGCUGAGCAGAGAGAAUUCUCUUCUCGAAGGUGGAAACGCGUCGGUUCCAGAAGAGUUCCUUAAUAAACUUCGCGAUAUGAAUAGGUUGUUGGAGGCAAAUGCUCGUGAAAAUCAUCAGCAAGCCGAAACUCUUCGGCUAUUGAUGGAAGAGCGAAAAGCAUUGCAGUUGCGUAACCAGGAAUUAGAACGAUACGGUGUUCGCGGCAAUAGUAAUCAUUACAAUCGAGAUGAUUUGGAAGAACGUGCGAAUCAUUUGUUCGGUAAAUAUCUCCGCUCGGAGAGCCAUCGAAAGGCUUUGGUCCAUCAGAAACGCUACUUGCAAAUUGUGCUCACCACUUAUGAAGAAAAUGAAACCAAAGCCCUUCAGCUGUUGAACGCACAAAACAUGCAUGUUCAAGGCCUUUCGCUACCCGGUUUAUCGAAGUCAGACACGGCGGACAACUACCACCGCUCUAAGCGGCGCUCAUUCCGCGCUAUCGUAACGGCAGUGAUUGCCAUCGAAAGGAUGAAAUUCAUCGUACGAAAGUGGCAAGGCGGCCGUCGUGUUUGUGCGAAAGCGAUCUUCUCGCAGCAAUUCACUCCGCGUCGGUCGCAGUCGGCCACUACGAACGUAUGGGCCCGAUCACCGAACUCGCAUUUUGUAGAGUACAACGCGUCUCCACCGUCCCGAGAUCGUCCGCCCGUGCUGCUCCAGCAACCACUGCAACAUGAAACGGUAUACUCUGGUCACUAUCUUCGUCUGCCAGAUACACAACUGCUAAUGAAUGCCGACCUGCGGGAACGGCUAGAGGAUCAGUACAAUCGAACCAACAACAAUCGAUAGGAGAUUGUUUUCUGUCGCUUUUAAACUUUGUUUUUUUACUCUUAUGUUUUAAACCGCAGCUUCUAGUUUACUUACCAUCGUUUUAGGUGCGCUAAAGUAUUCAUUUGUUUUCGAUUUUCUUUUAAAACUAUCAGAUCUAGUCAAGUAUUGACGAAACUCUCUAGCAUACUUCAAAAGUAUUUGGUAGUGCUCAUAUUUUCCAUUUUGGAAAGCAGCUCAAUUUGGACAAAUCGUAGGUGAGAAGAAACGUUGCACGGUGCACAGUUGAUCUCAAUAAACUCAACAAUCGGUCACUCUGUUGACUAGCAAGAUGAAUCGUUUCAAUAGUGCCUUAAUAAACUUGUGAAGCUAACUGCUUCUGCUCGAAUAUAUUUUUGUGUUUAGGAUUAACACAUGUACAUGCAAAAAAAAGAAAGCACAAUUUCUUAGGUAAAGUGAAAAUUAACACUUUAUAUACUGUAUUAUUAACAGCAACAUCGUACUGUUUUGUACAUUGUAUUUUAUUUAAUUCUACUGCAUUAUUCCGUUCUAACAAAAUGUGUUAUUUUUUAAGCAUAAUGAAUCUAUCUUCAUCGUUUAGGCUAGUAUGAUUUAGUUUACGAGAAAGACACUCGAAUCGAAUUUGAUUACACCAUUGAACUUUUUUUUAUUAUUAAGGGAUUACUUAAAUGAUAAGUGUAGUAAAAAUCUAAGAGUAGUAUAUCAAAUACACAAAGAGAUU